GACGCUCUCUGAGUGGGAGUGGGAUCCGGCUCUUGGACGCAGCUACUCUGAGGAUUACGGCAACGGGGCCAGUAGCAGGAACCCGGGAGCCUCAUUGAAUCAGCCGCUGCUCUCGGCUGGCGGCGGAGCAGCAUCCUCUGUUCCGCGCCCGGCAACCGGAGCAUUCCCACAACUCGCGGACGCCAGCCCCGCACCAUGGCCAAAGAAGGCGCGGAGAAAGCGGAGGAGACGGAGCAGAUGAUCGCCAAGGAGGGCGGGCCCGAGGCAGCCCAGGGCGGUGGCGGCGGAGGCGGCAGCCCUCGGGCCGCGGACACCAAGGAGAUGCGUGCAGUGCUGCUGGCCGGCUUCGGCGGGCUCAGCAAGCUGAGGGUUAGCCGGAGGCCCAUGCCCGAGCCCCAGGAGGCCGAGCUCAAGAUCCGCGUCAAAGCCUGUGGUUUAAAUUUCAUUGAUCUGAUGGUAAGACAAGGGAAUAUUGACAACCCUCCCAAGACACCCUUGGUCCCUGGAUUUGAGUGCUCUGGGAUUGUGGAAGCCCUUGGAGACAAUGUGAAAGGCUAUGAGAUCGGAGACCGUGUCAUGGCGUUUGUGAAUUACAAUGCAUGGGCAGAGGUCGUUUGCACACCAGUAGAGUUUGUCUACAGGAUCCCAGAUGACAUGAAUUUCCCUGAGGCUGCUGCCUUCCCCAUGAACUUUGUUACUGCCUACAUGAUGCUUUUUGAGGUUGCCAAUCUGCGGGAAGGAAUGUCGGUGCUAGUGCACUCUGCUGGAGGUGGUGUGGGCCAGGCUGUUGCUCAGCUCUGCUCAACCAUCCCCAAUGUCACAGUCUUUGGAACUGCUUCUUCCUUCAAGCAUGAAGCCAUCAAAGAUUCUGUCACCCACCUCUUUGACAGAAAUGCUGACUAUGUGCAGGAGGUUAAAAGAAUUUCUCCAGAAGGCGUAGAUAUUGUCUUGGACUGUCUGUGUGGAGAAAACACAGGAAAAGGUCUCAGUCUUCUCAAACCUCUGGGAACAUAUAUUUUAUAUGGGUCAUCAAACACCGUGACAGGGGAGACCAAGAGCUUCUUCAGCUUUGCAAAAUCAUGGUGGCAGGUCGAGAAGGUGAACCCCAUCAAGCUGUAUGAGGAGAACAAAGUCAUUGCUGGAUUUUCGCUCCUCAAUCUCCUUUUCAAACAGGGACGAGGAGGCCUGAUUAAAGGCAUAAUGGACAAACUCAUAGCCCUGUACAACGAGAAGAAGAUCAAACCUAUGGUUGACUCAUUAUGGGCUCUGGAAGAGGUGAAGGAGGCCAUGCAGAGAAUCCAUGACAGGGGCAACAUAGGAAAAUUAAUUUUGGAUGUAGAAAAGGCCCCGACUCCCUUGAUGGCCAAUGACAGCACAGAAACGAGUGAGGCUGGAGAAGAGGAGGAGGACCACGAGGGAGACAGUGACAACAAGGAGCGGAUGCCCUUCAUCCAGUAAUGGUCCCCAUGCCCAGUGAAAGGAGGGAAAACAUGAUUGGAGGAAGGGAACCGGACUGGGGAAUCUAUUCUGUGCGCCAGUGAACAAAUGCCGUAGUGCCGUGUGUGUUGUGUUUGUCUGCAGUCCGCCAAGCUAUAAAGCUGUUGGUUGUUGUUUUUUGAACUUCAGUGCCCACCCUACCCUGCUCAGUAUUGCAUCUUGGCAUUGAUGUGACGUGCCAUUCCUCUUCCUUGUGUGAGUGAGGUCCACCUGUUGUGGUUCCCUCUCAGUAUUCCUAGAACAGCCUUGCAAAUUAGGAUGAGCCCACAGGCCCAACACCUAAAAGAUAUUCCUGCUUCAGGGAGGGGUUGGACUUCAGGAUCCCUUCCAGCUCUUAAGAUUGUAGAAUUCUGUGCCAGGCAGUGAGCAUGGUAGAAUUUGAAGAAAAGGUGAAGCAUUUGAUCAAGUCUUAGAGUUCUUCAGACCAGUCCUGCUACUCACUGCCCUCAGUCAUGCUAUUGCUCUGACUUUAGGAUAUGGAGACCAGAUUGGCUCAAAUAAGGCAUUGUUUGAGAAAACAGGAGGUAGGUUAGUGACAGGUGUUGUCUGAAGGUACAUUUCAUUUCCCACAAAGCGUUCUUCCCAAAUACCACAUUUUUAAUCCACAAAACUAUGUCACAAAGUGUGGCAGGUGGGAAGCCCAAAUUAAUUCCUGAGAGGAUUUUUGCGCAUUCGCCAUCAGAAGGCCAAACUGAGCUGUAUUUAAGCCACUUUCAGUAUUGAUCCCCUAAGGACCAAAAGCUUGCAGAUCUUGUGUGAAAAAGUCAGUGGGCAUCUUUCCUUUUCCAGAGCUUGUGCCAACCUUAAACAUUUGUUGAUGAUCCAGAAGGUUAAUUUUCAUUGGUUAAAGCCAAACACAAAAGUAGCCGGAUCUUUUUUGAUAUGCAGUGUUCCCAGAGAGCCACCAUUUCAGAGAGCAUUUGGAAUGACUUGCCCUUCUUCAAUUCUUCAGUAUUUCAAACAGUCUGCAGUUUCAUCAGCAUAGUUGCCUCCUUCACUUAUGCAGAUCUCAGCCCCUCCCUACAUUAGUAGAUGUUCUUUAUGAAUGGCUACGGCCAAAAACAUUCAUCCCAUGGUGACCAACCCUCUGGUGAUGAGCCUUCCCAUACUCACAGCUAGGCUGGCCCCAAGGUGACAGACACAGAGUCUGGCACUGGAAGCAAAAAGCUGGAAUGACCUAAAUCCCUUUGAAAUCAGCAUCCGUAUACCUCUGAGAAUAUUAAACAUGAUUUCCCUUACUCUUUUGUAAGAAACAGCUAACAGAGCUACCUCCCAAGGAUGGGUAUAAUCACCAGGCCUUAGAAGCACUUCAGACUAAUUGUCUCCACUAAGUGGCUCCACAAACAGGCUGUCUUCACCAUGGACAAACAGGACCACCCCAACCUCCAAACAAAAUAGACAGGGAGAGGCUGGCAUGGCCUUAUGUCUCAGCUCACUUUCUAUUCCUGGGAAAUGGAAGGAUUCCUGGGUCCCCUUUCCUCCCACACACCAAGGACCCUACUUCUCCCACAGAACUCCAGGGCAGUCAUGAUGAAUAUGUAUUCCAACACUCCUCAAAGUGAUGGGACUGAAUGAGUCUUUUAUAAAUUGUUUACACAUUUCCUAAGAUACCCUCAUUUCUUCUCCAUUGAAGUAGCGUAUUGGAAACCUCAGAAAUUGUGCUCCUUUAGCAGCAUUAGGCAUGGGGAGUGGGGAGGGGAGGAGCAGAGGGCAGCUGUGAAGAUGCCUCAUUGUGCCAAACCUAAGCCAGAAAUGAGUUUCCCUUGGUUGUAUAGGUGGGGUGAGUAAGUAAUAAUAUACAUUUAGGGGAGGGGAGGAAGGAAUUACCCUUGGAAAUUUACCAAAGGCAAUUUUUCCAUGAAGAUAAAAACAUUUCCUAGUUAAUGCUGACAGAAUUUUCUCUUUUCCAUAUCAGGAGUAAGUAUAUUCCAUCCCAGUGCCAUUUAGAGAUAUAGGCAGUGUACUGUAGGGGUAUAUAUGUUACAGCAGUGACAACUGUUGUCAGGUUUUACUGUGGGCUUUGUCCCAUUCUGUAGUUGUGUUUUGUUGAUUUGUCUUACCUCUCCCAGAAACACAUCCAAAAUGGAGGCAGAGAGGAACCUCGACAGAGCUAUGUACCCUGUGUCUCUGAGAGGUACUGGAAAAGCCUCUGCUAGAUAGACUAAGUCAAGUGGUAGUGGGAUGGCCCAAUUGGGAUGGCAAGGGGAAAGUCUUGAAGCUCAGCUCUUUUUAGAAAUGAAAUAGUCUUUGGGAUCUCAGUGACGGGGCAGAGGAAGAUGGGUGCCCACGCUCUCCAGCUCUUCCUGGUGCUGUAAAAUGGGGCCAGUGCAACUAUCUACCAUUGUACAAGUCAAGGACAAGAAGGCCAAUGCUGCCCCCAGACACCACCUGCAGACACAAAGGGUGGUGUCAGUGGAAAACACGUGUGAUCAGGCCACCUGUCACGACCAGGCCACAGCUGAUCCCAGGGGCUGGAGGGACACAAGGAGGGGGAGGGGACAGGAAGGAAGAGAAAUGUGAGCUCUACCACAGUUACUGUUUGUAUUACCCUCUUUCCAGUCAAAUGAUUGUUUUCCUGGAGCAAAGGAAAGUCUUGAUUUGCCUUAAGGAACUGUGACGGCCUCUUUGGAACUCAAGCCUGAUUGGAGUGAUCUUAAACAUUGUUUAAUUGUCCCUGUUGCUUUAGAGCUUUGGUUAUAUUGUGCCUACAAAGCAAGUUAUGUUUACAUUAAAAUAUGAAUAAAAUAUCACGCAUAGCAUUAA